UUGGCGGUUUAGAUAUAAGUGUCAAACCAAACUGGUGUAGUGAUUUAACAAUAAUAUCUAGUAUGUAAUGAUUAUUUGAAAUACAAGGUGUUGCUUAAAACGACGUGUGUUAAUUCAGUCAACAUAUUUAAAAAUAUAUCUAUAAAUGGGUCGUGUUAAACGUGAACAGUAUUUGUUACAUGGGUACAUUGUAAUACGGAAUAAGAAUGUAAAACACGGUGCGUAAUCGUUUCGGGCUGUUUUGGAAUAUGUCCGGGUUCCUGAACUGAUUUGGAUUUAUUGGCACCGGUUGAUUAAGAUAUAAUAGAUUGUUUGCUUGACAAGAUAACUGACACACCUGUCAACCAUGUAACUGAGCAUCAAGAAUCUGAAGUAUAUAGUUAGUUGAUUCAUUAUUUCAUAUCAACAAGAAGCAACGAUUGAAAAUGGAGAAAGGGAAGCAAUUUGAACAACAUACAAAACAGGGUGGACCGCCACGCUUAACACAGCCAUUAAUUGCAGUGGCAAUAGAAUUCAAUAUGGAGACAUCACGAUUGGCAUUCUGCACGAGAGACGAUUACAAUGAAGGCCGGAUAAGAAUAAAAUGCAAGCAGUGGUCAAAAUGUGAUAAUCUUCUAACAAUAUCAGCGCCUAGUACUGUUAUCAUUACACCGGAUGGCAAAACCUUACAUGGUUAUGGAUAUGACGCUGAAAGUUUUUAUGAUGACCUUGAACUAGAAAACGAACACGUGCAGUAUUAUAUUUUCAAAAACAUUUCGAUAAAGUUGGUAAAAUCAUUUAAAGAGACCAACGACGUUCAUCUGAUAGAUGAAAAUGGAAAAACACUCCCGGCCUUAACAGUAUUCACACUUGUUAUAAAAUUCUUUAAAACUGAAAUUCAAAGACAUUGUGAGCAAUAUUUGGAAGAGGACAAAUACUACGUAAUUAUCGUACCAGAAAAAUUUCAAGAAAUUGGGGCAAUCGAUUUUAUAAGGACAGCUGCUCUUGAGGCUGAAAUAAAUGUGAAACAGCUAGCUGUGGUAACUGAGAUAGACGCGGUAUCUUUGUUUCACCAGAAAGAAACACAUAACCAGAAGUCUAUCAUUGGAAAGAAAUUCAUGAUUGUCAAUGCUGGAAGCUAUUUUACAACCUUUGUUGUACAUGAGUCUACAGAUCUUGGGAUAGUAAAAGAAAGUACCGCUGUUGAAAUAAAAGAAGGGGGAGGCAAAGUGUUAAAGAAAGCAUUCAAGAAGUUAUUUGGACAGGACAGAUGUAUGAAAUUUAAGUCAGAAUCAAAACGAGAAUGGCUGCAGUUAAAAAAUAAAUUCCUACAGAAAGCAUUCUUGUUUUAUCCAUUAACAACAUCUAUUGUCAGGAUGAAAUUCCCAUCACCUCUCUUGCAAGACUUAAAGAAAGAUCUGCGCUCAAAAAAAUUUUCAUCAACACAAAAAUCAGAAACCUUUAAAGGCAUUUCGGUUUCAUCUGAUAAAGUAUGUGUUACCACUGAACUAAUGCAGACUACUAUUGAUCCAUCCGUACAACGGGUCAUAUAUGAUAUAAACCAAGCCAUGUUGACUUCAGCUGAUGUUGAUACAGUCGUUGUCUUUGGAGAGUUCGCGAAACUACCAAUGUUGAAGAAUGGAGUAAACAAGACUUUGUUCAACAAGGAUGUCGUAUUUUAUGGAGAUGACAUCGAAGCGGCUUUAAAAGGAGCAGUUAUAAUUGGUCUUGGUUUUGGUCAGAUUGAAAAGAUUGAUAUGGCUCAUAAUUCAGCUAUUGUAGCUGCAAUUGAUUUUGGUACUACUUUCUCUGGUUGGGCUUAUUCUCUUCGUGCAAACUUCGACUCAGAUCGGACAAAGGCUGUUACGAAACAUUGGAACUCAGGCUCUUGCCAAACAGAAAAGACCCCCACGUGUAUUCUAAUAGGACCAGACGGAAAGACAGUCGAAGCUUUUGGAUAUGAAGCUGAAGAAAAAUAUCAAGAAUUAGCUGCAAAAGAAAAGCAUAAGGAUUUCUAUUACUUUAAGCGUUUCAAGAUGUCCCUAAACAUAAAGCUUGGAGAGAAACUAGAUAGAAACAUUACACUAGAAGACGCAAUGAACAGACCGCUGCGUGCUAUGGACGUUUUUGCAAUGAGCAUCAAGUUUCUCAAAGACGACAUGUUAGGUUUUUUGCCUAACAAACAUAUUGGAUACAUCAACUUGGAUGAUAUUCAUUGGGUAUUAACAGUACCUGCUAUUUGGACCGAUGGAUCUAAACAGUUUAUGAGGGAAGCUGCCAUAAUGGCAGGAAUCAAGACAAAAAGACUAACAAUAGCUUUGGAACCAGAAGCUGCCUCAAUGUUUUGUCGUAACUUACCAAUACAAGCUACCACUUCUAACACGGGUGUCACGAUUUCCUCGUUAUCAACUGGAACGCAGUAUCUGGUACUAGAUGCAGGGGGUGGAACGAUUGAUAUAACAGUACAUGAGGUAGAUAAUGAUAACAAUAUAAAAGAAAUACAUGCAUCAAGUGGAGGUGGAUGGGGUAGCACAAUCGUUGAUAAACAAUUCGAGCGGUUAUUAGUAACUUUAGUCUCAAGUGAUGUUUACGAGCAGUUCAAACGACAUAACGCAGACGACUGGCUUGAUAUCUGGAGAGACUUUGAGGUCAAGAAAAGACAGAUUUCUUCUCCUUUUUCAGAUUCACAAUUAAGAAUGAGAAUUCCAUCCUUACUUAUUCAAAGGUAUGUCCUUGUCACAAAAGAAGAAUUUGCCAAUGUUUUGAAAAAUUCAAAAAAUAGUAAUGACAUCGAAAUCGUCAGGGACAAAAUUAACUUUUCAUCAGAACUUGCAAGAUCUUGGUUCAAAACUUCUGUCGACAAAACAGUACACAUGAUUAAAGAUAUUAUAGCGAAAAGACAUGUUAAUGUUUCGGCAAUUUUAAUGGUUGGUGGGUUUUCUGAGUCUCUAAUUUUGCAGAAUGCCGUGAAAUCAGGAUUUAAUGGAAUAGAUGUUAUUGUUCCUGAUGAAACUUCGGGCUGCGUUCUUAAAGGGGCUCUAAUUUUCGGCCACUUGCCAAAAGUCGUUACUGAACGUGUUCUAAAAUAUACGUAUGGGAUAGAGACAUUUGACAUGUUCGUACCAGGACGUCACCCACUAAGUAAACGUAUCAUUACGGACAAAGGAACGGUAUGUCAGAAGGUGUUUAGCAAACAUGCCGAAGUUGAUCAGAAGGUUAAAGUUGGGGAACCACAAGUCUGGCGUACCUACAGUCCUCAAUUUAAAUCUCAAAAACAGAUGUCAUUUUCUGUGUUUGCAUCGGACAGGCCAAACCCAAUUUAUACAGACGAGGGAUGUUCUUUGAUUGGAAAUUUGCAGAUUGACUUAGAAGAUCAUAAUGGGGCAUUGGAUCGGGAGGUUUUAGUUGCCUUCACAUUCAGCGGAACAGAAAUAGUUGUUGAAGCAAAGGAUAUGAAAACAGGAAAUCAGUCAAUUGUGGCUGUUGACUUUCUUGAAUAAGGCAUAUCCCCAAGAUGAUAUAGUUGUUUUCUGAAUUAAGAAAAGUUUUUUACUGACAUUUGUCGAAACACAUUUUAAAGAAUAGCACGUUUACCAUACGAUUGCGAGUAUACUGUGUAGAAUGAGUUGUCACUGCUUUUAACAACCAUUGAAAACGCUCUUCAUUCUUAUCUGUUCAAACGGGACAUAAAAUAACUUAAUCAAUAAAAAAUUCAGAUUCAUUAUUAAACGUUAAAGCAUCUUAGCGCAUACAGUUGUGUUAUGUGUCCUGUUAACAAUAUUGAUAAGCAUACAUACUCAUGUUUAAGGUACAAUUUCAUCAUAUAGAAAACUGCCUUCCACGAAAACAAAAUGCCUAUAAAUCAUGUCGUUACAAUUUGUUGGUUCAUAAGUAAGAUGGUGUAGGUUUUCUUUGAAAAUAACAAGUUUGAAAUGCAGUCUAAUACUAGCAACUUUACAAAUUUAUUAUUUAAUGUUAAAUAUUGAAAACUGCUUGCGCCGGUGCUAGGGGCGUGGACGGUAACUUGCAUUUUCCACUACCGUCCAUGAACAGGCUCAAUCAAAACGAACAUGCAACGUUUUCAAUUUCAGAUUCUUUAUUUCUCACUAUUUUACAUUGGAAAUGUUUCGAAAAAGAAUUACAGUUCCAUUAAUUCCAAUUAAAAUUCCAUAAUACCUUACUAUGCUAAUUUGGCACAGACGAUAUGUGUACGAUUGAAUUAAGCGUUCAAGAUUAUUUUCAAACGAUGAAUAAUGGCUUUUGUCCGCCCUGUUAUUUUCACGGGAUGGCUUCUGUCCGCCCAGUAAUUUUUACGGGAGGGUUUUUGUCCGCUCUGUCAUUUUUACGGGAGGGCUUUUGUCCGCCCUGUCACUUUCACAGAAGGGUUUCUGUCCGCCUUGUCAUUUUUGGACGGGAGGGCUUUUGUCCGGGAGGGAUUUUGUCCUACACUCGUAAAAUUUUGAUCUUAAAGCUAUCUUUAUUCGGGCAUUAAUUUUAUGCAAAAAUAUUAAUAAUUCAUUCCAUUAAUGACAUAUUUCAAAAGCCAAUUAAAAAGUUAUACUUUAGAAAAUGUUUGUUUUAAUUUCUAAUUUUCUGAGUGAAAUGAUAAAAAAGCUUAGGACAUUUAUUGAAAAAAAAUGAAAAAAUGAUCUAUACAAAAGAAUUAAAAAGUAGUUACAAAAUGAUUGGAAUAUUUUAAGUCAAUAUUCAAACACACAAUACAAUUAUCAAUUAAUGUAUAAAACCUCUGAAAACCGGAAUCCUCUGAAAACCGG